AUGGUGUCAGAGUGUCGACAGGUGAUUGACAAUGUCGACUCAAUAGUCAAAGACAACACCAUCCGAGCUAUUGUGCGUCAACUCAUCUCUGAAAGAGUCAUGUCAGAUUCUGAUGGGGAGAAAUUGAUUGCACAAAGAAACGAGCAGCUGAAAAUGAUUCAGGGACUAGCCUGUCUGACUAGAGACGACGUGCAGCGCCAAACCCAAGUUGCUGUAGUUCUUAGCGCUGUACAAGCUCGGCAUGUGAUCGAUAAGCUGUGGAAUAUGCAGGAGAAGUUGAUGACUGUACUGACACGAUUGAUUGGAAGUGGAGGCUACGCAUUCGAUGCCUUCUGUUCCUCAUAUGGCUUGGAGGGGAAUCUGGCAGAAAUGAGCAGCAAAUUGGCUAGCCUCAACCUCUUAUCUGAAUCUCCAUCGAAUGUAUGUGUGGACAGAAAUAUGACGUUCGAUCUCUCUUUCACCAUGCUUACGCGAAUUGUCUACAAGUACAGUAGCUUGACUUUGGAUGAAUUGGUCAGAGAUCCUCGAGGUGGACCGGAUAAUACUGCUUGCGCUUUCUAUCAGUGGUCCUCGCGCUAUGUAAAAAGAAUUUCGCAAAAAAAUUUGCAAGAUGCUGCAGAGGGUGAUAUGCCGAUAUUCUCUCCUGAGUUGAAAGCUGCGUAUAAGGACAGGGUUUUGAGACUGAAGGAACGACAGUUGUUUUGGGAUCCGCAUACAUGCAACUACGGGCAAUUACUACAUGAAAUGCCGAUCGUUGGAGAAAUCAUCUUGGAUUAUUUCAAGGAAAGGAAACAUAUUGAAGAAGAUGUAGCUCGCAUUUUUGCUGCGUUCCGCAAGGCAAACUGUCUGCUUGUCUGUAUUAUACAGUGGCUAGAGUGUCAGUCCCCAUCAGAAGCUCGCCGUCAAAUGGCCCGCUGCAUUAAAAUGGUCCUUGAGGAGAGCGUUCCUGACGAGAAAGAGGAAAAGGACAGGUUCCUGACAAGGAAAUGCUAA